UAGAAACGAGAAAAGUUGGAAGUGUUGAACAUUUUCACAGCAAUUCCGCUUCGCUGUGGUCUUCUCUCGCGUGCGAAGCAUCCAACGGAUAGAAAAGUGAAUUCCGGAUCGUGAUAGGAUCGUUACGUGCUACGGCAAAGUCGCCAGAUACAGAUUCACUCGCGUACGACGGUGCUGACCAUUCGCUGGCGACAAGCAGGGUUUGGCCGUGCUGUGUUGUAGGGUGAAAAGAAAAAGAAAAAUCAGUAGGGCCGACGACGAAGCCUGCGUUGAAAGUGUUGUGGACGCACAGUUUUUUGUUGAACCUUGCAAAGUGAAGGAAACGCAUUCCCGCAUCGCAACAUGAGUCCGGAAUACGACUACUUGUUUAAGCUGCUGCUGAUCGGCGAUUCUGGAGUGGGAAAAUCCUGCCUUCUGCUAAGAUUUGCUGACGAUACGUACACGGAAAGUUACAUCAGCACAAUUGGUGUAGAUUUUAAAAUUAGAACCAUAGAUCUGGAUGGCAAGACGAUCAAACUGCAAAUCUGGGACACUGCUGGCCAGGAACGCUUCCGUACGAUAACGUCGUCCUACUAUCGUGGCGCACAUGGCAUUAUCGUCGUGUAUGACUGCACCGAUCACGAUUCGUUCGAGAACGUCAAACAGUGGCUCGAAGAGAUCGAACGCUAUGCAUGCGACAACGUCAACAAACUGUUGGUCGGCAAUAAGUGUGAUCUGCAAACUAAGAAACGUGUCGACACCACAACGGCAAUGGAAUUGGCAAAUCAGCUGGCAUCCAACGGAUAG